GUGAGCCUCCGGCGGGCGCCGCGGUGCGCAUCGGCUGCGCCUCGGGCUUCUGGGGGGACACGGCGGCCGCGGUGCCGCAGCUGCUGUACGGCGGGAAGCUGGAUUUCCUCGUCUUCGAUUACCUCUCCGAGAUCACCAUGUCGCUGCUGACGGCGGCCAAAGCCCGCUCUCCUGUGCUGGGUUACACUCCGGAUUUCGUCUCCACUGCCAUGGCUCCGUACAUAAAAGAUAUCCACAGGAAAGGCGUUCGUGUCAUCAGUAAUGCGGGUGGAAUUAACCCCCUGGCUUGUGCAGCUGCUCUUCAGGAGGUGGCAAAGGCGGCAGAUGUUGAUUUGAAAAUAGCUGUUAUUACUGGAGAUGAUCUAAUGAGCGAGAAAGAUAACCUAAAAGGAGCUGGCAUCACUGAUUUAGAGAGUGGCAAACCAUUUCCAGAGAGCAUUCAUAGCAUGAACGUGUAUCUUGGGGCAAGACCAAUAAGCAGGGCUCUUGACCUUGGAGCUGAUAUUGUAAUCACCGGUAGAUGUGUUGACAGCGGGAUUGUAUUAGGACCACUCAUUCAUUCUUUUGGCUGGAAUAGGGACGAAUUUGACUUGCUAGCAGCAGGAAGCCUUGCAGGUCAUCUUAUUGAAUGUGGUGCUCAGUGUACUGGUGGAAUAUUCACUGACUGGCAUGUGGUACCAGACUGGCAUAACAUAGGCUUUCCUGUUGUAGAGUGCUCCUCUGAAGGAGACUUUAUUAUUUCCAAACCACCAGACACAGGGGGACUGAUCUCCUUUGGCACUGUGGCUGAACAGUUGGUGUAUGAAGUAGGCAAUCCUCAUCGCUACCUUUUACCAGAUGUCACAUGUGAUUUUUCUGAUGUUUCCAUCACUGAAAUUCCAGGUUUUGAAGGUGGUGCAGUGAAAGUUCAUGGAGCGAAAGGAUCACCUCCUUCAACAUUUUAUAAGGUAAGUGCCACUUACCUUGAUGGUUUCAGAGCUACUGCUGUCUGUCCGGUGGGAGGUCCAAAGGCAGUACAAAAAGGACAGCUCACUGCGGAAAGUAUUCUCAAAAGGACGCGUCUUAUUUUCAGUCAGCUUGGGUACGAAGAUUACAGUGCAGUUAACAUACAGGUUUUAGGGUCUGAAGAUACGUAUGGACCGCAUGCUAAAAGGAGUAUAGAUGGUGGUCCUCGAGAAGCUGUUAUUUGGCUUGCAGUACAUCAUAAGCAAAAAGAAGCUUUAGAAAUCUUCUCCAAGGAGAUUGCACCAGCUGGAACUGGCAUGGCACCUGGCCUCACUGGAGUUAUUGGAGGGCGCCCUAGAAUAUCUCCAGUUUUGAAGCCAUUUUUCUUCCAUUAUCCAAAGAGCAAUGUCCAGAUCAACUUAUUUCUAAAUGGUCAGUAUGUUGAGACAUUUGAGGAGGAUCUCACGUUUACAUCAGAUGAAGCUGUCUCCUUUGAUCCACCCAAGACUAACAGUGAAUUGAAAGAUCUGCCAAGUGGUCACCAUACGUAUCGCUUAGAAGAUCUUGCCUAUACUAGAAGUGGAGACAAAGGCAACUCUGCAAACAUAGGUGUCAUAGCACGGCAUCCUCUGUAUUAUCCAUAUCUAAAGAAAACUUUAACUGCUCAAGCCUUGGAGAACUACUUUGAACACCUUUUAGAGCGAGAAGAACCUGAAGAAGAACUAGUAACAAGAUAUGAAUUGCCAGGAAUCCAUGCAUUAAAUUUUGUUUUGAAGAAUUCCCUUGGUGGCGGUGGCAUAGCAUCCCUAAGAAGUGAUCCACAGGGCAAAGCACUUGGGCAGAUGCUGUUGGAUUUCCAGAUUAAAAAUGUUCCCGAUUUAAAAUCAUUGAUAGAAUAACAGGGGUCCGUGAGCCUUCAGUAGAAAGGUCUGUCUCCUGCUGUGAAGGAACACCACGCUGAAUGAAGCGCUCUCUUGUCUCUGUUCUGACUCCAGUUACCAGCUCUGCAUGUCCCUUUCUCCAUCCAACCUUUUCCCCUGCUGCAAAAUAUUACUAGUGUGUCCAAAUCAGGGUACUGAGUACUUUUUCUCUUGAUUAAGCAGAGACUCCAAGAUCUAUGUCAUAGUUUCUAUGACACUAUCAAGAUAGAAAUUCCGGCCCCAAAACUGGCUCUGUUUCUUCUGCAGAAACCGUACAGAUAUUGCUGUGCACAUUCUGACAUUUUUGUUCUGAAAUAAAUCUUCUGUUUUAUUUUGGGAAGACUGUACUAAUAACAAGAAAAAAUGAUGAAAAUAAGUAUUUGGUAAACUUCGCUGCGCUGUUUUCCUAAAUCUCAGACUGUCCUACCAUGAUUUCUAAUUUCCUAGCCUCUUGCUUGCUAAUGAGGAUUAUACAACAGAUUGUUCCCACCUUUUCUGUAGUUUUGACUUGAAGGUAUAAGCAAGUUUAUCCAUCUAAACGCGUUACGCUCUUAGCCAGUUAUAAUUACUACCUGUGUAUACAGCACGGUUCAUGGAAGUUGUUGUGAAGAAUGAGUCAUCUCUUCAUUGCAGAAGAGUAUCCAACUUCAUAUGUUUUUGCUGGUUUUUAUGUUUACAUUCAUUGUCCAUUUAGAAAACUGUUGUUAAUAAUUUGGAAGCCUUUUACCCUAGCAAAAUAUACAAAGAUAUUGAAAGGAAAUUUAAAAAAGUGAUAGACCUCAGUAGCAAACCUGCAGAGAUAAUAAAGGCUAUAGUAAAUAUAUGCAGUUUAUUCAGUAUGCUGCUCAAGUGACUGUAAAUGUGCAUGCAACUAUUUUGGAAUUAAAGUAUACAUUUAUAAGUAUAAA